GGUAAAAGUCAGAAUUUUGCAUACCCAAAUUAUAGUGUAGUUCUUCCUAGAGUAAUAUCUUUUCGGUGAGGCAAUUUGAUUUUUACUUGGCUGUUCAAUAACAAUACCUUCACUACCACAACUUGUCAGUACCCACAUCAUCAACCUGUAAACUGGUUUUUCUUGAUCAAUUCUUUAUUUGUUCUUUGUUUGCAACCAUCAGACUUGAAGGGGCUUCCAGAUGGCUGGGUAGGCUUAUGGCAGCUGGCCCUGAUUUUACUAUGAUAAACUUUCCUAGUAUUUCAUUAUCGUACUUCAACGUUUUCUGAGAGGACCCCUCGUAAAGUGGUUUUCAAUUGCAUUUCUUUUUUCACAAAAACAAAUGCGCCACAUAUCAUUUAACUACUUAAGAUAAUUUCGGCAUUUUCCAUCUCGUACGUCUAGUUGGUGUAUUGCGCUAAGAUCUCAAUCUCAGGCGGUGACGAUGAGCUUAGGCAUUUAAAAACCUGCGAAAAAUCUAAUUCGCCCUUUAAUGUGUUCCAAAGUUCCGUUUCAUGAUCCGUCCAAUAGUAUUGAAGGGGAGGGGGGGGGGGACUCGGCAUUUUGAUCGUCAUCAUAUCGUCCCUGAACCAAUUUCUUGGAAUGGAUGAAUGGUAAUGCUUUUCCUUCGAGAUCGAUGAUGUUGUGGCUGUGUUAUCAACGAUACAGUCACAACGUCAUUGAAAUGGAAUUUUAUGUUCCCUUCUUCGAAUUCGCUCUUUAUUCCUUUAUUUUUUGUGCCGUUACAUUUUAAUGGCAUAGAUCAGGAUCAGCAGGGGGAAGAUGUCGUUUUACAACUAUAGCCAAUACCAAAUGAAAUGGAAUUCAUUUAUCCGUUAUGACAUCAUUUCGAUGAUCACCAAGCAGCACUUUUGAAACACGCAUUUAAGGAACUAUUAGAAUUGCAAUGGAGGAAUGUCUAGGGAGAUGCAUCUCCAUCUACCAUAUCAGCCGUAGUAAAGCUGUCAAAGUUGUUUGGUGAAUGGAAGCUGCUCGCCAUAAAUCCCGUAUCGUAAAUAGCCGCUUGCCUUCUCGUCGUUAAUCCCGCAGCAGUCUAACGCCGUGUGUAUAAAAUAUGCUUGUAGCGUAGCCAAAGACGACUGUUGGCAUCGGCAUGCCAAGUGCGGAUCGCAGUCGCAGAGCCCCUGCUGAUGGGACGGAAGCUUCCAGCUGUGCACGUGCACCAGAUCACGACUACAUUUCUUAUUCAUUUUCUUUUUAAGUAACUUCAAUUUUUAAGUGUUUGUUUACUUGUUCCAGACGUUCUUUCUUAUCCUACAAUAUGUACGAGCGGGAGUCGAAUAGCUAAAGAAUUGUUCAAAGGGAAGAUAGUGUAGUCCGUUCAAAAGGCGCUAAUGACGAGGGCAAUUAUUAAGGGGCUUUUAUCGAACUAACGCGAAGUUGAUCAUUUCUAUGCGUAAUCAGUGGAUCGUAUAAUGCCUCCUAACACCGAAAGUCGGUACAUUUUUUGUUGUUGUAAGGUAUUUUAGGUUAAUCUCUAAGUUGGCACGCGAAUCGUGCAUUCAUUUGAUGUAAAGAUCAAUAUGAGAAAUAGGUCGCCUCUUCCUUUUUUUUCUUUUCCAGACUGAUACGCUAUAUACUUUUUCAUACAACAAAGACCGAUUCCAUAUACUAAAUUGUGAGGCAUUUAUUUUUUUACCUGCAACCAAUUCGAAUUGGAUACAACGACGAAACUUGUUAUCUGCGUCAUCCAUUUUUUGUUGUUGCGUUUAUUCAAUUAUCAUCGUACAUUAUUUUUCAUGGAGCGUUUUAAUUCAAUCAGGCCAAUAUACAUGUGUUUUAAUGUACGAUGUAUAUAGGAACAGAGGCUAAUACACACACACACAGACAGAGAGAGAGAGAGAGAGGAAACCCUCAUGGAAACAUGGCGUAUAUUAUGUAGACCCUGCAGUCCUUGUCCGGGUCCCGGGGAUCAAUAAAUGAUGCUCUAGUUCCCAUUCUCCUUUCCUACUUCCCCCUCCCCUAAAACUAGAUACUUUCAGUACAUUCAGUGUCAAGCCAAGCGCGGAAAGUUGUACUACACCAACAGAGUGGGGGGGUAGGGUACAUGAUUCUCUCCUUUUAAAAAACAAAAAAAUGCGUCCAUCAAUUUUCGCUACGGAUUUCUUUUUAUCGGCCAACAAGUUUUAAUUCCCCUUUUGAAUAGAGUUUUUAGCUAGCCAAUGUCCUUGUCAAUAUUGACUGCGCAAUCAGUUGACAGUGCGUUCAUCGUUGUGUGCUCACCAUUUACGUAGAAACACUACAUCUCACAGCCGAGUCGAUUAACUUGAGGGAGUUGUGCGCAGAACCGGCCAACAUGGCCGCGGCUCCUGCCUUGCAUCAGAGGCAACGCGUCAAGUGUAUCGUUUGCCUUUGGCUCGUCUACUCUCUUCUCUUUCUUGUUUGUUUUAUUUUUAUAUUUUGCCUCUCUCAAACGCUUGCAGUCAGACAGUAGGAGAGGAUCGCCAGUACGACAGAGGCCACCGGUGAAUAACAUCGGGGACAUUUUUCCAAUGUCUUUUGUUUUGCUCCGAACUGAAAGUUUUGAAGAACAUUUCAUUAAAAAAAGGGAUUGACGGUGUGCGAUCGUGGUGGUGGUGGUGGUGGUGAAACAAUUAUUGCGCAGCUCAUCGGUGGAUAUAUAGUAAAUUAACAAGAAGACAAAAAAAAAAAAAUAGGAAAAGAAAAGAAAAAGGCCAAUCAUUUCUGUUCCCUCUUAUCGAUCCGCGCAACGGUUGCCCUCUGGAGUGUGUCGACUUCCAUUGGUGGGGCGUGUCAUAUUAUUUCUUUCUGUUGUUGUUGUUGUUGUUGCAUAUAGGGCAUCAGGCGUGGACAAGUGCUCGAGUACAACACACGUUUCAAGAACGAGGCGUACACAGAUUAUUUUUAAAAACAAAAAUACCAAAUCAAAUAAGGAAAUACAAAGUGGAAGACUUCUGUGUAACAAGUGAUGCCCUUCAAGUGAGACCGCACCCUCCCCAAUCAGGGUCCCUUCCCCGCAUCGCACUAGUCGCCUAAAAGAAAGGCAAAAUCUUUGUUUUUGUUUCAUUUUUUGAACACACUUCACCAAAUCUAAAGAAAACAAAAGAAAAUCAGAAUCAAAAGAAAUGAAGGCAGUGCAAUCAGCGAUGGCGAUUCGACGCCAGCGUCGAAGGCGUGACGAAGCGCUCAGGGCAAAGACGCGUCGCGCUAGUCACCAGUCGGACCAUUUGAUGUUGUCGGAUAGCGGCGACGCUGGCAGUUUGAUGAGCUUAGACGGUGCGCACAAGCGUUCGACGUCUCACCGCCAUCGCCAAAUGAUGGGCGGCAUAACCACCUUUCACGUAGGGGUCGUUUUCUUUAUCAUGGGCCUGAUGCUGCUCAUUAGCGGCCUCGUUCCAGGCUACGCCAACCGCCAACAUCAGUACUGGGAGGAGGGAGGCACAUCGGUGUGGAACAGCCAAACCAACAAUCGUAACGGGCCUUUGCUCUUGGUCACCGGCUCCUUCUUGAUCUUGGUAGGCGUGGCUUUGGUCAUCGCUAAUCGCAUCGCCACGCGUAGGGAGGACGAAUUGUUUUCGCGCUACAUCAGCCGCAAAUUGGCACCGGCCAGGAUGACUCAUCAGCCCGUGUCCUCCCUCCUUCAACCGCUGACCAAUCAACAGCAACAACAACAACCACACAAUAAUCAUAACGGCAAAAAGGAACGAGCUGAAGAUGAUCGGGAUCGGGUGUUGAGCGAGGAGGAUCACGCCCUUCAAUCACCCGGUCAGCUCGAAUCCAUAACUGAAGAAGCUGAAAUCGGAUCGGAAAAGGCAUCGAAAGAUCAGCUGUUUUGGACCAGCGAUUUGGCACCUGUUCACCAUCAUCAUCAUCACUACCACCAUCAUAACACGAGAUCGGUGCAUCAAGACAAAUGCGACCAGCAAUCGCAUGCGCACGACAAUCACCACGGUUCAUCAACCGGUUGACGGAUUCAAUCGAAACUCUUUCAAUACCUAAUCUAAACUAUUUCUUCAAAAAACUUAUAUCAUUCCGGAACGGACUAACUGUCUACUUGCUGCUUAAUUAUCCAUUUCGAAAAAGGGGAAAAAAACCAAAAAAAAAAAAAACAAAUGGGGAAAUCACGCCAUUUUUUUUCGUAUAAAAACAGCACAUUCUAAUCAAUCUAAAUAUUUGAACGGAUGACAUUGACGUGUUUUCUUUUUUUUUCUUUUAAGAAUUUCUCUGCUUACCUGUUUGCCUUUUUCAAAUGAUUUGGGUUGCUCGUGUAGGCGCGUUUCAUUUUGUUAGUGUUUGGUUCGUUAGAAACAAAUCCCGCAUCCAAUCAUUUUGUAUUUUACGUCUAGUUAAUGCGGUUUAGUUGAGUCUGUUUUGUUUUUUGUUUUUUUAAAUAUGGCUGCAUCAGAAUCAGAAAACGGACAGGUCAAACUGUUUGAGUUUCGCAGAGCAAUCCCAUCGCCUUCCGACACAUUCACCAGGCCACAAUUCCAAAUUGUUGUUGUUCUAAAAAUGCCAUUUUUUCUUUCAACGUCAGAGCUCAAAAACAAAACAAAAACUUGAUUUCAAUUUCUCCGGACUUGAGCACUCACACACACACACACAAAAACAAAGAAAACCCCAACAUUUUUGAAUUGCAAAUUUUUUCUAUUCUUCCCCCUCUUCUAUGCUGUAGAUGACUAUCUAGAUUCGUAUAACAUUCAAUACAAUUCAAACUCAUCCCACUGA